GCUAAAUUCAACAUGGCGGAAUUAUAUUGUAUCAGCAGUUUUCCCUAAACAACAAUUUAACCUUUCAUAUGGAAGGUUAUUGACGAAAGAAUAAGGAAAUGUUUCACAAGCCUUUUCGAGUAAAAUCCAAUACUGCGAUUCGCGGGUCCGAUCGGUGAGUAACAUCUCAUGAACCAAUACAAAAUAGAUUUUAUUAACUAUGUUGCACUACCAUUCAAAGGUAGGUCCGAAAUUAGAUGAAAUUUAUCUAAUAUCAUGAAAAGAAAAGUAAAUUAUGUAGGAUUAUUAUGCUACCUUGGCCUUUAAAAUAUUCAGAGAAUCAGAGAAGCCUUUUUGAACGAAAAGCUGUGAUCCUGUCUAAAAUUUUCGUAAUGAGUUCCCAUGAGGAAUCGCACCUCAGACUGAGGUGCGAUUCCUCAUGGGGAGUCAUAAUUUUUUCUCUGUCCCACGCUCAUGACAAGAUAAAAACCUCUUUCUCUAAAUUCAGUUUAUUGCUUAAAUUAUACCUCACAACCCCUAAGAAUGCUUCACAUCUAAUUUCUCCUCAUAAUUUCAUCCCUGAAUCAAACAUAAAGAUCACAAAGGAAAUGCUCACCGAUCAAAAAGGCUUUUGAUUGAUAAACAAAUUCUCCUUGUCUGCACCAUAGGAAAUAUAUAGAAAACAGUGUAGAGAAUAUACACUCUAAUGUUAAGGUGUAAAGGUUUAUGUUGUUACUGUGUAUUAACUUACAGGCGGAAACUGAGAUCAGAUGUUAGCAAUGCUUUUCCCAAUUUAUCACAAGACAAAAUCACUGAAAUUAUUCCAAACAAAGAGGAAAUUUCAGUGAUGCGUGUUAUGACACAUUCUGGACAGAAUGUUACAGUUUUUUGUCUCAGUGGGGAACCAAUAUUCUUUGAAGUUGAAAAGAAAGUUUUCCCAACAGGUAAGUAUGGUAUAUAUAGUAAUCUCAACUAAGAUAUCUCACUGACAGUAAGUGCAAUAUUUCCUUUUUAUGUUUAUGUCUGUCUACUAUUCACUUUGAUGAAGGGCUAAUUCUUGAAACAUCAGCUUUAGAAACUUUUAGACCUUUACCUCACAUGAGUGACCAAGACAGAAUUUCUCCUUAUAAUAUCAAUAAUAAGUGAUGAGAAUAAAGAAAAAUAUCAAUUUGGGAAUAAUUAAUUGAUCCACAACUAAAUUCUCUGGAUUAACAUCAUGAGAAUUGUAUGAUUGACAGUAAUGAGAAUUACAAAUUUGAUCAGGGAGUUAAAGGGUCAAGAGUGGCCAAUUUACAUCAUCAACUCAGUAGAUGAGACCAAAUUAUCUUGUAAUACCCUUCACCAAAUUUGCACCACAGUUUCCUUAGAAUCUUCACCCCCUUUAUUCAUUUGUCUUUGUCACAUUUGUGCGUGGAGCUGAAUUUAUUUCAAUCAUGUUUUAGUUUAUACUCUGUGGAAAUUUCCUGACCUGCUUCUUAGCUUCAAAACAUGGCCCCCUGUUUUUGAAAAACUCCAGGGUGGAGCAGGUAAGUUUGCUCCUUAGCAAAGAGUAGAAAAUUCAGAGGACUUCCCUUGUAGGGAUGGGGAUAUUUAGUGGCUUUAGGGAUUGGCAGUCUGGGUUCAAGCCCUGGCCAAGUCAUCGUGUUCUGUUCUUGGGCAACAAACUGUUCUUUCACUGAGCUUAUCUCUGCAGAAUGAAAUUUUAGGGAAACCUGAAUUUUGUAAACUUGACACUCAUUUAACUAAUUGACAGACUUUAUUGCCUGAUUUAAGAUUAUAGGAAAAUGCUUAGGACUGAAUUAUAGGUCAGAAAAAAUCAUAUCUUUGAUAUAUAUAUAUAUAAAUGUACAUUUGAUAAUGGUGCAAAACCUGUAAAUCUAGUAAAAAUCAAUGACCUCAUGUACAAGCAAAGCCUAGUGACAAAAUUAUAUGUAAUGUGACUGAUCAUGAAGUGAUUUUACACUGACAACAUCCUAUGGAAUAAGAAUGUACAAGGAUCCCAUAAAAAAUGUAAAGAUUCUUUGAGCAUUUUAAUUUGUUUAUGUUCUUAAAAUUCCCAUUUGUACCUUCUUUCUAGACCUAAUGCUUCCUGGUGUCAUCCUGCCCUCCGAGGGACUCUCAGCUGUGGGAAGAUUUGAGAGAGGUACACUUUGCAGUGUUUGUCUCAAGGGUAACAGGUAGAGUUGUCCUUCUUAUUUUGCAACCAAAUGAAAUAUUUGAGACUGAGUAGCUGAGAAUGAUAAACAUCUGAUUUCUCCCAAUAGUAUCACAUCCUGAAUCAAACAUUAAGGUUAUGAGAAUAAAGGAAAUGAUCGCAAACUCAAGAAACUCUUAAUUGGUAAAAAAAUUCUCCAUAUCAGUACCAUAGGAAAUGUAUAAAGAACAGUAUGGAGAACUUGCACAUUGAUCUUAGGGUGUUAAGGGUUAAGUGAUAUUGAGUUUUCUGAGCUAACCUUUUUCGGCUACAAGUUGAAAAAGUUUAUCAAUGAAUGUAAUAAAAUGUGCUAUGGUCAAUUUACAAAUUAGAAACAAGUUCUUAUUCCUGAAGGAUGCAUUUUGUUUCAUACUAGAGCUCCCGUGGCCAUUGGAACAACAUUGGUGUCCAGUAAGGAUUUGUUAGAGGAUGGAUUGAGAGGAAAAGGGGUGAAGAUUGAACACGUCUACCUUGACCUGUUAUGGUUUGUACAUCGUUGUUUAUAGUAAAUACAUCCUUAUUAAGAGAUUAACUAUUUAUAAUUACUAAUGAUUAUUUUGCUUUUUUGAGGACACGUGGUUGGGUUUAGCUUGCUAGAUCAGUCUUUUUUUUAAGAUCCAGGUUCAAGCCACAGGAAGGGUUGUUUACUGUGUUGUGAUCUUUGGCAAGACCCUUGAGGGGGGGGAGGGAGGGGUAUGACCACCAGUAAACUACAGGGAAAACCCAGUGAAAUAUUGGGGGAGGAUGGGUGAGUGGCCUACAAUCCGGAGAAGUAUCUCAUCAGGGGGAGAGGGGGUAAGCAAUAAUUAUUGUUGUCUUACUCUGAAGAUCUCAGUAGUAAUUCUCCUUACUGUCAGUGAUACAAUUCUCAUGAUUUUUGUUUGGAGAGUUUGGUAUCACUUGAUAUUGUAUUGAUGUAAUUGUGAGGUGAAAUUCUGCCUUGGUCACUCAUGGGAGUUCAAGGAUUAACAGUGGCAAUUUAAAAGUCACCUGUUCAGACUUAACCUUUUUUUUUAAUACUGGGCAUGCAAAAUAUUUGUUUACUACUGGUGUGGUUUUUAUUUACCAAAUAUUGUUUUCAUUACCAGGGCACAUGGCAGUAAAACUCAGUUACCACAGCUGGAGGAGAUAAAUGCUGAGGCUGAAAUUGCUGAUGUUAAUGAUCAUAUGCAAGAAUUGUCACUCAAUGAAACUGAGGACAUCAAUCAAAAGGAAGUUGAAGGUACAUGUAGCAGUUAGCUUGCUGUACGGGCAUCUUAUUAGGGCAAGCUAAUGUUAUAAGCUUGUGACCUUUUAUUCGACCAGCCAUGUUUGAUUUUGAGUCAGAGUGGAUGCUCCCCCACCCCCGUCCCUCUCCUUAUUUUUUACUGUCAACCUCCCCCUUGGUAAAAAUUUCUUUCUUUCCCCAGCCUUCUGCUGCCAUUAAAAUCAAAGCUGGGGGGCAUAAUUUUUAUGAAGAAAAAACUGAGCACUCGCUUGCAAAAAUUAUGCCUAUUCUACAGGCUAGGUAGCAGUUAACAUUCCUUACAAAUGGAACCUAAAUUGCUUGUCUUUUCAUUGAGCAAAUUGUCAGAAUUAACAGUGGAGGUAUUAGUUUGAACAUUCUCAUCACCUAUUUGCUGGAUAAUGUAAGGAUAUUGUAGGGAGAAGUUUUUUGUUGAUCACUUGUGAGAGUUAAAAGGUUAAUCAAUCAUUAAGAUUUUAAAUUUACAGAGACUGAAAGCUCAGACAGCUUUGCUCAGAAAGAUAAUGAAAAAGAAGAUGACAUUUCAGUUGAGGAAAGCGAUGGAACAGACCCAGUGGCAACAAGUGCUGCAAAUGCAGACAGUAAUGAAGUUGAACAAGAAUUCUUAGAGUCUGAAAAUGAAACAAAUUCACAAGACAAACUUUUAGGUGAGCUCUUUUCAUGUACCAUUCAUUUGUUAUGAGUCAUGGAAUUUUGAGAUUUUCCAGAUUCACCAAGCCUAUUCAAAAUAGGAAUAGAGGUGUAAGUUUCCAAAGAAACUGUGGCGCUGCAUCAGUGGGGGGUGUUAAAACAUAGGGUAAUGUAGUAUUAUCAACAGAGUUGAUAACGUAAAUUGGCCACCGUAAAGAGUUUCAAAGCUGAAAGUACUAAAAACUGAAAAAAAUAAAUUACACUGUUUAACUCUCCCACCGACGCAGCACCACAGUUUCUAGAAAAGCUUACCCCCGGUAUUACCAGUGGUGGAUCUUGGGGAGGGGCCCAGGUAAGCCCGGGCCCCCUCACUUUGGUUAAAAAAAAGAUUUGCAGGAGGAAGAAAAGCCGAUAGUGCAAGCGACAAGAAACCGCCCCCACCCAUCGUAGCUCAAGGUCUGGAUCCGCCACUGAUUACAAUAUAGAAGUUAUAACAUAGUGAUAUGAAAAUAACUUUGAAAAAGUAAAAAAAGUCGGUAAUCAUAUUUGAAAGCACUAAUCUCUUUUCGCCGUGAUAAACCCAAAAUCAGGGUCAAAGUAUGAAGAGGUAUUUGGAAAUUCUCAGAUAAGUUGUUUUCUAACCAGCGCAGUCUUUUGAGAAGCGGAGGAGUUUGAAUCAUUCCACCAACUUUCUUGAAGUUGCUAACAAUUCACUGUUUGUUCGUUUUUUAUUAUAUUUAUUUCAGAGAAUAUGGAUGAUCUUUUAGAGUACUGUUUCUUUUGCGCCUUGUUGAGGAUGAAGAAAGUCGAGCUUCCUGUGUUGACCAGUACAUUUUUCAGGAGUUAUCUUUUACCUUCCCGGUUAGUAUUAAGGGAUUAUUUGCAUAAAUUCUGACCAUUUACAGUAAGCUCAAGUAAUUCUUCCGUUCAGAGAUCGUACUCCUGAUACAUUUUUAUGCUAAAUUGCCAAACGAUAAAAAUAUCAUUAAAUACUAGUACUCUGUUCCUUGUUUGGUUAAGUUGUAAGUAAUCGUCUUUUAACCUUGUUCGCAGCCCGGAGGGAAAGUCAUUGGAUAUCAAGAAAUCCUCCUACAAAAAAGUAAGUUUUGAAAAUUUUGUAAGCUAACCAAAAAACCGAUUUUGUGGAGCAUUUUUAAGCUUGGAAGAUACUAUAGCGAGGGUGACAAAUUCUAUAUUUAGCAGCUACAUGACUUUAGAUAGUUUGCAGUAGAAUUUAACCGUCAAGGAUAUAGUUAAGUUACGUCGCACAAGCCAUGAACGCAACAUAAUGGUAAUUAUACUAACAUUUAAGUUCUCCCUUCUCCAACGGAAAGCUACCUAUCCGUUUACCUUCAUUUUACUUGUUAAAGUGGGCGAGGACUAAAGGCCAAUUUGAACUCCUUCUUCGACGUCUUUUUCAGUUGUCAAAAUUCCUUCAAUGCAUGCAAGAGAGAGGUUUGAUAUCGGUACAGGAGGCGUCCAAAGGAGUCGAUCAUAUCACCAGUAUAACUUGGGACAAUCCAGAGUGAGUGAUAAACAAAAAAAUUAACAACAACAUCAACAAUAAUCUACAAUAACAAAAACAACGACAACAACAAUAAUAAAAACAUAACGUCAACAACAAUAGCUACAACAAUAACAACAUCAACAAAAACAACAACAUCAACAAAAACAAAAUCAACGACAUCAUCGUCAAGAACAACAACCAUGGCAACAACAACGAUGAUGGGGAAGGCAAGAACAACUUGACUAAAAACAGUUUUGCACCAGAUUUAAAAGUGUUGUAAACGAAACAUCAAUCACACGCUUGGAAGACCACACAAAAUGCGAGAUGUGAUUGGUUAAUCGAGGUUUUUGGUUUGGUCAAUGUACUCUAAAUCAUGAUAUUGAAAUAUCAAUUCUAUUUCACGUUAAAAAUGUUUUACGCUUCUCCCUGCGUGAUUUUAAUAGUACACAUUCUUUUGAACAGGCUGAAGGAUUUUAAAGCAAACGCGCCAGUUUUUGAAAGCGUCAACGAAAAAGUGAGCUCUACUUCUUCUUGCAGCACAGAGGUGCGUCUUAUCUGUUUCUAUAUAGUUUUACAGCAGUAAAAUUUUAAAAAAUUUAUGUAUAUACGUAUUCAAGCUACAUGCAAAUGGGAACGCGAGAGAAGUACAUUACCGUGCGCCUUUUUCUCCUAUUAAUGGGAAAAUUUUUUUCAAUUCUCUUCAAUCUUAGUAUUGGUCGUUUGGCACCUUUAGACUAGUGACCAAUCAAAACAAAGAUUAACAUCAACACUAACCAAUGAGGACUCAAAGUUAAAACAAACAAACCUCUUGAAGCGCGGGAAAAUGCUUUUCGAUUGAGUGCGGUGGAACGAAACCAAAGUAAUCACAAUGGCCAAUCAGAGCAAAGAAAAAUGUCACGAGACAGUAGUAACCACAAGCAAACGGUUGCAAGCGCGGGAAAACGCGAGUGACCCAGUCGCGAUUGGCUAUAAUCUAGCAUAUGAGAGAGACUGGCACAAGUUUUCUGGACUAAUCAUAAGGCGUAGUUAGUGAAACAAGUACAAUGCCAGAAUUCCUUUCGGUAUUCAGUUGAAAGUUGCUGGACCCUGGAGUCUUUUGUUCCCCUGGUUUGUGGCGUUACAGAAAGAAGUGUUCCUUGGACGGAGCCUUACAUGUCAAGUCGAUUAACUGAUCGUUAUGCUCUUCUUUAUAGCCUCCAUGUAUCGAAGAGCUGUUUUCCGUAUCUGCAGCAUUGUUACCGAUAUUUUCCGAAUUUGGAUUCAGGUAAGACAUGAGACAACGAGCUGUAUUCAAGGAAUAAGAUGGUACGAAAACUGCUGGUGUAAUGUGUUUGUAUCGGUUCUUAGGUCUUUAUUCAACAUGUAUCAGCUUAGUUUCUUCGAUUGUAAUUUUAUUCCAUAGAGAUUUGUCUGUUUUCUGUCGUAUCAGACGGCUUUCAAAUCACAAGCUGUCUGAAGCUUUCCAUGACAAUCCUUAGCACAAAAGCAAGAUAGAAAACUUCCAUCAGUUUUUUAUGAAUAUGACACAAACCCACUGAUAGAGGAAGGUCUUACAAAUUUCAUCGUUGUGUCAGAAAAUUAUCUGGUAUUAAAUCAUUCCUUAACUAUCUUUUGUUUCAGGAAAAACGAUGUUUUAAAUCAUGCUGGUGUCCGGACGACCAUGACGAAUUACGUGAAAGCUCACAACCUUGUGUCGAAUGAGGACAAAAGGUAUGUACCACAAAAUGUCUCCCAUCCCUACCCUUUGGCAACAUUCACUAUACCAGCACAGUUUUAAAGAACUGGACAGAAUCGCUUGUAAUAACCUGAACAGAAUUAAUUGAUGCAGUACUCAAUGUUCAUCUUUUCGGGUGUAAGCGUCUGGGUCAAAUGAGACGUGAUUUUCGGUCGAAAUUCGUACACGCACCAAUGUCAAAUUGACUAAUUAUUUGACUUAUAAGAAGAAAGGGUUGACAGAGUGUGAAGAAUCCAACGUUCUAGAAUCGUGCCUUGUAACUGUAUGAAGCCUUGCAAGGAAAGUGCAAUACAACAGAACUAUGGAUGUCAAUUGAUAGUAUUUACGGACUUAAAACUACCAGACGAGUAGUAAUAUACACAUCCUUUCUUUUCUCUUUUUCACAAACGCUGACGUGAAAUUCAAAAUUGCCAACUAUGAACGCUUACAUGACAUCACUAAAAAUUCUCAGUCCAAUAUCUAAUCGAUGUCUGGUUUGCAAAUGAACUGUAUCAAUCUACCGAUGUAGAAUUAUAAAAUUAUUGCCCAUGUUUCUCAUAACUUCAAGAUUUUUUUUCUCAGAGUGGUUGUACUAGAUCCCAGCCUGACUAAAAUCCUCCUGAACAAAAACGAGAAUAUUGAAGUUCUUCCGUGGGAUCGGCUCUUCGAAAGGUGCUUAUACAUCUUUGUGUUUGCAUUGUGAGUUGUUGUUCCCCAUCAGCCCUGUUUGCAUGUUUUCACGUUAUGCGAUUAUCUUAGUUUAUACAGUGGUAACUGAAUGACGUUUUAAAGAGAGUUUUACAAUAUUUGAUGGUAGUUCGAAAAAAGGAGUUUGUCACACAGCAAUCAGGGCGUCAGCUAGGAUACGUUGAUUCAUGAUCAAUUUAUUUUCAGUUCAUGACAAAAAGUCGAUGAGUGUCUGUACUGUGAAUUCUUGGUUAAUAAAAAUCAUUUCCCUUCUCUUUCGGAGAAGUUUUUAUCAACAAAACUAAUUUCCUUUCUCUUCCUCUCCCUCUCUCUAACUUUAUCCAAACUCGAUGUGCAAAGUUGUUGGUCGGACGAAACACCAAAGAAACGAAUAUCCUUGGGAAGGCACUUUAACACUUUUUUUAUAUUUACUGCGGUCUCGCUACUCACAAUACCUCGACGGAUCGGAAGAAAUUUAGCACACUAGAUCGAAUAUAAAUUAACUCUUCGGUAGGUCCUUGAUACAGUGUAAAUGUGCUUGGGAAAUAAUUCUCUUGUCCUCUCACUACGCAAUUAAGUCAUUGGGUUCGUUUCCAAGAUUAGUUGAUCAGUCUUUUCAAUAGUUUCCUUUUCCUUUGCCCCAACAGAGUGUCGUCGAAAAUGAAUAACUGUCAUCGAAUAACACUACCAGGCCAGGAGCCGAUAGUCAGGUGAAGUGAAAACUGUAUUUUUGUAGCCAGAUAUAUAUAGAAGUUGGGUUCUUCCCAGCGUAUCUGAUCAAUAUAAGAGAGUAAGAAGCAAGACUGGCUUUUUGAAAAUCUUCAUUGACUCACUGAAACAUUUUCAGCAUCGAUAUUCGGGAAGACUCUUCUCCAAACAUUCACCUCUUAUGCGGGUAUUUUGAUUUACUUUGAAUUUGCAAUGACACGAUUUCGCCCUUUGUACCAUGUUCCCCAGACUCCACUACAACCGAUUUCAAAAUAGGGAGUGCUCGAUUAAGAUCAGAUCCAGGGUUAGUGUGUAGGUAAGGUUAUUUAAGUCUGUGCUCAAGCGAGGUGGCACAUCUAGCCGGAGCUUAUCCCGAUUUCCAUAAUAUGAGGCGACAAGCAGUAUUUCUACUUCCCUUCUCCCUGGACGAGAAGCCAGUCUAUCACAAGGUUACCCCCUCUGCGUUUCGUCAGGCUUCCCUGAAAAUUCGCCGGUGCCCAUUUGUACUCCUGGGUGGGGAGAGGUAAAAAGAAUGUUAAGUGUUAUGCUCAAAGACAAAGGAUGAUGACAAGGCCAGGUCUUGAGCCCGGACUUCUCGCUUUCUAGUCCAGCGCACUUACCAGUAAACCACCGCGUCUCGCAUCUAGGGUGGAGUAGCAAUAUUCCUGAGUGACCUAUUAUAUGAAACCCCCCCCUUUCGGGUGUUUUUAGUAACGUGUUUUGUUAGUCAGUGAUUUCAUCCUCGCUUUUUUUAUUUUUAUCCAAACAGGAAAGGGAAAAUCGAAUCUAUCGAAAUUAAAGUGGAACAAAGAAUGGGCAACAAAAAGGUAUUUAACAGAGGAAUUGACAUCGCUGACAUGAAAUGGUUUCUCUUGGCCAAGGACUCGUCAGACACCUCUCAAAAGUAUUAAGCAAAUAAACACUUUGAGUAACGCGCUCAAAACCCCGCUUACAAACUCAUGAUGUUUAAGUCUGGCGUACUCUCGCAGAGGGAUUCCCAAUCGUCGUUCACGAGGUAGAAGUUAGUGAGACAAUACGAGAAUUGAGCAAUACUCGUGUAGAAAAGUAUCCCUAUGUUGUAUUCGAGUUCUGUUACAUUCUUUCUUUUGCUAAUGAAAUUAAAUAUGGCUACAAUAACAGCUUGUUAUUUUAAUUUUAGGUUACAUUGAUCCGUAAUCUUGAAUCCUACGGGAUUGAUCCGCAAGAAUUUGCUCACAAUGUGCAAAUUAAGGCUGCAUCUAGUACUUCAGGUAAUAAACGUGUUUAUAUCGAGGGUCUUAUUUUUUCCAUCCUAUGGACACAAUACAAAAAUAUUCACACAUCUCGUGCCUGUAACAAUUCCUUUUUUUCCUUAUAGUUUCUCAGCUUCCGGGGAAACAUACUACGCCUGGAUUACAGGUUUUAGUGCAAGGAAACCAAGUGGACAUCUUGGCGAAAUUUCUUCUAGGUUAGUGUUUGGUCGUUUAUACAACAGAGGAGAAAUCUAGCUGUAUUCUUGAAAUCCAACAAAUGUGCGUGGGGUAUUGAGGAAAAAAGUGCUAUACCAAGGGUAGUCACCUCAUGAAAAAUGUUCUUAUUGAUAGAUGCUGCUUACUAGGACAACGGAAUUUAUUGGCAGAAUUACGGUUUUUUUUCAGAAUAUUCUCUGGCAAAUGCGGGUUGUAUUUGGAGAGCAAAAUUUAUGCAUAAUAUCUAACGAACUUAAAGUUUAUUUUCCGCCCUUUCGUAGAUGAAUACAAGAUUCCUAAGAAGUACAUCAAUGGACUUGACUUACUCAAAAGCGGCAAGAAAAAGAAAAAAUAA